UAGACCCUGGGUUCCCCACACCGCCCGCUACGCAACCAUACAAAAGUCGACCCGGAAUGCUUCCUCGGCCUUCUUUAUUCCACCAUCUCGAUUAUCAGUUAACGAUGGAUCAUGGCAACUCCAGACGUGCUAUCAAGUAGUCCUCCGACCAGCAGAAACGACACGAUUCGCCAUGCGCAACAGCCGCCGCCUCUCAACAGAGCUCCUUCCUCGAGUAUGUCGUGGACUGCAGAGUCAGUACCGGUCGACAAAUCUUCAAGAGAUAUUGGACCAGUGAUCGAGGAGCUACCAGAUCUAGAGAAGCCUUCCCCUCUGGGAGAAGCAGGAGUGAACAGAGAUCCAGAAGUGGAGGAGACUGAGGACACCAUCGCCCCAUGGCAACGAAAAGUAGAGGCGGACAGGAUCAUGGUCGAGGAACUACAUACACCAGAACCUAGUUCUGGGAAGAAGAGGAAAGGUCAUGAUGAAGGAGAAGCUGACGGAACGCCGACCAAACAAGGCCCGGGGGUUGGUCCAGCGAGAUCAGAGGAGCGGAUCAUCCCAGCAAAGCGGAUCAGAAAAACAUGAUUUCGCACAUCUACACCAAAGCCACUGACGGGUAACAAAAAUGUCUGUAGAUAUCUCACUGAUUUUACCUCCCGACGGCACGAUAACGUACCGGUAAACGGUGAACCAGUGCGGCCCGAAGGAUGGAUCCCGUGGGAACCCCGCACUUGCACCCAACCAUAAGAGGUUCAAGACCCAUUCCUUCAUUCUAGUCAACAACUGUCAACUCCGGCAUGGAGCUAUUCACAGAUUACGAUUUCGGUGUGGGUACUGGUCUAGAGGUGGUA